GGAACAUCCGGUUGUUGGGGACUUGGCAGAGAGGCUACAAAUGGAGCAGCCUACAGCUACUUUCCUUGAAAUAUAGUUGCCAACUCUGCGGUUCAGCUGGUACUCUAGGAAACAUGGCAGCCGUCAGUAAAUAUUUUACAGUUAAAAACUCCUCGAUAGCUGGGGGAGUCCUACUCGCUUUAUGCAUCCUGAAGCAAAGAAGAAGAGGAGGCAAGUCAAGUGGUACAAAAGGGGGCUCAGAACUGGUGUUGAGCAAUGAAGACAAAGCAGCUAAGAAAGACCGGGCGGCGGUGGACUAUGUCUUCUUCCUCAGAAUCAGCAAGAUCCUCCGGAUCAUGGUGCCUCGAUGGUUCUGCAAAGAGACUGGAUACCUUCUCUUCAUCGCUGCUAUGCUGGUGACCCGGACAUACUGUGACGUAUGGAUGAUCCAGAACGGAACCAUGAUUGAAAGUGCAAUUAUCAGUCGCAACAACGCCGAUUUCAAGAACUACUUGUUCAAGUGUUGCAAAGCUAUGCCAAUUUUUGCCUUGGUGAAUAACCUCUUGAAGCUGGGUCUGAACGAGCUGAAGCUGAAGUUCAGAGAGAGGCUGACCAAACAUCUCUACGACGAGUACCUCAAAGGAUACACAUACUACAAAAUGGGCAACCUGGAUAACCGCAUUGCCAACGCUGACCAGCUGCUGACUCAAGACGUAGAGAAGUUUUGUAACAGUGUGGUUGACCUCUACUCCAAUCUCAGCAAGCCUCUCUUGGACAUUGGACUGUACAUCUUCAAGCUGACGUCUUCCAUCGGAGCCCAGGGCCCAUCGAGUAUGAUGGCCUACCUGCUGAUCUCAGGCCUGUUCCUGACCAGACUGCAGAAGCCCAUCGGUAAGAUGACUGUCAUUGAGCAGCGCUACGAGGGAGAGUACCGAUACGUCAACUCACGACUCAUCACCAACAGUGAGGAGAUUGCCUUCUACAAUGGCAACAUGAGAGAGAAACAGACGAUUCAUUCAACAUUUAAGAAACUGGUCGACCAUUUGCACAAGUUCAUCUUCUUCCGCUUCUCUAUGGGCUUUGUAGACAGCAUGGUCGCUAAGUAUAUGGCCACCGUGGUGGGCUACCUGGUGGUGAGUCGGCCCUUCCUCAACCUGUCCGACCCCCGCCACAUGAACAGCACCCAAGCUGAGCUGAUGGAAGACUAUUACCAGAGUGGCAGGAUGCUGCUGAGUCUGGCCCAGGCUCUGGGAAGGAUCGUACUGGCUGGCAGAGAUAUGACCAGGCUUUCCGGGUUCACCAUGCGUAUCACUGAGCUCAGGAAGGUCCUGAAAGAACUGAACUCUGGGAAAUACGAGCGUACCAUGGUCUCCCAUCAGAACAAAGAAUCAUUAGGUGUAGAAAGAGUCACACUGGUCCCGGGCAGCGGACAGAUCAUCAACGUAGACCACAUCAUCAAGUUUGAACACACACCACUAGCAACACCCAAUGGAGAUGUCCUGAUCAAGGACCUGACCUUUGAAGUGCGGUCUGGUACCAACGUGUUAGUGUGUGGGCCCAAUGGCUGUGGCAAGAGCUCACUCUUCAGAGUACUGGGAGAGCUCUGGCCUCUGUUCGGAGGGCAGCUGACCAAGCCUGAGCGAGGGAAGCUCUUCUAUGUUCCUCAGAGACCCUACAUGCCCAUUGGCACGCUGAGGGAUCAGGUGAUCUACCCUGACACCUAUGAGGAGCAAAAGAGGAAAGGCAUCUCUGACCAGGUGCUGAAGGAGUACCUGGGCAACGUCCAGUUAGGUCACAUCCUGGACAGAGAGGGGACUUGGGACACCGUGCAGGACUGGAUGGAUGUCCUCAGUGGAGGAGAGAAGCAGAGGAUGGCGAUGGCAAGGUUGUUCUACCACAAACCUCAGUUUGCCAUCUUGGAUGAGUGCACCAGUGCUGUGAGUGUAGAUGUGGAGGACUUCAUCUACAGUCACUGCAGAACGGUUGGCAUCAGUCUGUUCACUGUCUCUCACAGAAAGUCUUUGUGGAAACACCAUGAGUACUACCUUCACAUGGACGGAAGAGGGAACUACGACUUCAAACCUAUCACUGAGGAGACCAUAGAGUUCGGCUCCUAGAGGAGCGUCAACGACACACACACCAUCCUCCGGCCUGAAGAAAGGCGCCCACUAAUUCUGCACUUAAAACAAACCUAGACUACUGUUUUUAAUCAAUUGUAACCUCGUUUGUUGUUUUCUUUUGACAAGAUGUAUUUAAAUGAUCAGAUAUGUUAGUCUGGUUAAGUAAACAUUUGUCAACGGUGAUUGUAUGUGUUUGUUAAACACUCUACAACAACGCUUUCUUAGUGUCCAACAAGCUUCUUCUGCCCUUAACCUUGUUCUGAACACCUCCAAAACAAAGGUCAUGUGGUUUAGUAAGAAGAAUGCCCCUCUCCCCACCAGUGUGAUUUCUACCUCUGAGGGUUUAGAGCUUGAGGUAGUUACCUCAUAGAAGUACUUGGUAGUAUGGCUAGACGGUACACUGUCCUUCUCUCAGCACAUAUCAAAGCUGCAGGCUAAAACUAGGUUUUUCCUCUAUUGUAAAUGCUCCUCUUUCACCCCAGCUGCCAAACUAAUCCUGAUUCAGAUGACCAUGCUAGACUAUGGAGACGCCAUUUAUAGAUCAGCAGGUAAGGGUGCUCUCGAGCGGUUAGAUGUUCUUUACCAUUCGG